AUGCAACAGCAUCCGCUCCAGUUUCAACAGUACCAUUCUCACCAAUCCUCACAACAGCCGACUUUCUAUCUCUACCAUGUCUCACUAUCAGCUUUUUCAGGGGGCGGAAGCAACAUGGGUUUAGGUGGCAUUGGUACCGCUUUUAGCGGCAAUAGCACCUCGAAUGCACAAAGUCCUAAUACCUGUCCCUUGAUAGCAACCAACACCACAAGUACCAUCAAUUUCACUUGUAAAAGCCCAGGGUCAAGAGAAGUUGCCCCUGGUCACUCUAGUCAAUUAGUCCGAUCAGUGUCCAGAGGAAAUUGUGGUUGUUGUGCUGGGAGUAACAGCAGCCUAACAUACUGUUCACUAGAGUGCGGACUGCGCAAACCAGAUCAGAAGCUGCAGUAUCAACAUCAGCCUUUGGUAGUGAAUAGGUCUCCUGAGCAGGCGACAGGCCGAAUGGUCGAUCCGAACGGAGGAGCAUCAAGUCAGCGCCGACCCGAGGGAAAGGAUGGGACGUUAAGAGAUGUCAUUCGUGAGGGUAGAUUUGACAGCCUUGGAGCCAGACUGGGGGAACGAGCUAGUGAAAUUAAAGCAGCGUUAGUAAAGUCGAAAUUUAGGCAAGAUGGCAUGGAUGAUGAUCCCUACGGAGGUGUCUAUGGAGUAGAAUAA